AGAUCCAAAAGAAAUGGCCAGAAUACAGAUUUAAGACCAUGCUUGAGUCACAUGACUUUCAAACUUAAAACACGAAAACAAAUUGGUUAUUAAGAGCAACAAAACUUGAUAAGUAUCCGUUGAAUGGAAAUAAAUGCAUAUCUUUCUGAAUUCUGUAUCUUUCAGGAUGAAUCUGGAUCCAAACUGCUCCAACAUGUCGGUGGAUUCUGGUGCUGUGAAGCUGGAGCAGGGACCCGUGGAGUACCGCAUAGCAGGCCUGGUCUUCUACUGCUUCAUCUUCGUCAUCGGCGUGACCGUCAACCUCGUUGCUUUGUGGGUGUUUUCUCUCACCACCAAGAAGAGGAACUCCGUCACCGUCUACAUGAUAAACGUGGCAGUGGUGGACCUGACCUUCAUCCUGCUGCUUCCCUUCAGGAUGGUCUACCACCAACAGGACUACUGGCACUUUGGGGACCUGUUCUGCAGGAUCAUGGCGGCGCUGACCAUCUUCUACCCCUGCAUGGCUCUGUGGCUGUUUGCGCUCAUCAGCACUGACCGCUACAUGGCCAUCGUGCAGCCAAAGCACGGCAAAGAGCUGAGGAACGUCCCCAAAGCCGUGGUGGGGAGUUUAGGGGUGUGGCUUAUGACUCUCGGCUGCACCGUGCCGUUGCUUUUCUCAGGAGAAGACCCCGACCGCGCCUCCAACUUCACCACCUGCAUCAAAAUGCAAGACAUCAUCUACAUGCGCCAAGACAACCUCGUCAACUUCGUGCGCCUGAUCUUCUUCUUCUUGGUCCCCAUUUGCAUCAUGAUUGGCUGCUACAUAGUCAUCGUGGACAAUCUGAUCCACGGCAGAACCUCUAAACUCAAGCCUAAAGUGAAGCAGAAGUCUAUCCGCAUCAUCAUCACGUUGAUCAUCCAGGUGCUGGUGUGCUUUGUGCCGUUCCACGUGUGUCUGGUUGUGCGUUUGCUGGGAGACGACGAAGACGGCGGGUUCAGCACAUGGGCGGUCUUCACCACUUUCCUUAUGAACCUGAGCACCGUGUUGGACAUCAUUCUGUACUACAUAGUCUCCAAACAGUUCCAGGACCGAGUGAUCAGCGUGAUUCUGUACAGGAACUAUCUGCGGAGCGUGAGGCGGAAGAGCAGGCACACGCACACAGGCAGCAUCCGAUCGAUGAGCAACCUGACCAGCGCGAUGAUAUGAAACCAAACCUCAAACUUUCACACCGGUGUGUACUGCACGCUCGCUUUGUAACACUGAAUGCAUCACUGUGCACGGGGGUUUAUUAUCAAAAGGAUCAAAACUUGCAAUUAAUUUCUGAGGUGUAAUUUACACUCACAGUAUGGGAGUGCUGCUGUUGUGGCAAAAACAUCUGUGUUCGGCGCUGAUUGACUCACCCAGGAGACUGGAGAUGUUUUCUGUGCAUCUUUGCUCUGGCAGACAAAGCACGAGUGUCUGAGGCUCAGGUGUAACACAUGCAGGCGAAAAUGAAGCUUAUAAUCAUUAAAAAAACAUCCAGCCCACAGACAGUAUCUCAAUGUUUGCUUUGUAAUUAUGUAGAAAAGUCUUUACAGCCACGUCAACCAACAACUACAACAACAGACAACUCAACCGCAGGGGGGGGAACACCCACAGGAAACAAUAGUGGGCUGUGUUUUUUUUUUCUCCACAAUAUUGAAAACUUCACCUCAUCUCAAUGCUGCAGCAAGGUUUAAAUGUAGCAAUCAACUCAGGCAGAUGUCAAGCACAUGAGGUGCAAAUAAACUGUUGAACUGCUGUCACUUUACUUCACACAACCACUCGAGGAAUCGUUAUGAAACGAAGUAGAAGCAGUGUUGGGGACGCUCUACAAGCUGUCUAAGACUUAACACAGAGGUUUAACUACAAGCUAAGAAGGGGAGAAGGCUAGCUCCUCUGAUACUGAAGUAUAACAAAAUAAAGCAUGCCAGCAAACUUGACAUGCCACUCAAUGGACUGCACUGCAAAAAAAGUGCAAAGAAAAUGAUCAAAUAGCAUUCAUGGGAAAGUGUGCGGAAUGUCAGUUUUGGUCGUGUUUACAAUCCACCAGACUACGACAUCAGACUAAAAAUGACAUCUGGACUUUUUCAUCAUGCAGGAUAUCUCAGUUGGCAGUUAUGUCUCAAAUGGAGCUGACGAUGCUAAUGCAUUGCCUGGACAUGUAAGGUAAACAGAAAAAAAGAAAAUGGAACUUAAAGGUGUUAAAUUACAGAAGAAAAGCAAAAAACACAAGACAAAUAAAAAACAGAAUUUUGAGGGGGUCAAAAAUAGUUUGAAGUCUACAGAGGAAAUUGUUAACAUUCAAUUUACAGAUUAAUAUCUUUGAAAUAUGAGAGUGGUUAAACCGCAAGCUGAUAAAUGUAGUCAAACUAUUAUUCUCCCAAACACUGAACACAAGCAGACUAAAAGCAUGCUGUUAGCAUACUGGCCAGGUGAUGGCAGCAUGGCACAGCUAGAUCAUAUCAACCUUCCAGAGCAAGAUUGAUCUGUGCAGUCUGUGGACAUGUACUGGAUAGUGGAAGAUUGUUAACUCUCUGCUGUACAGAUCUUUAUACUUUUUCUUUUUGUGCAUAAGAACAUUUCAAAUUGCUUCAUAAAAGCAAAUGUUUUGUGUUUUGUUCUGUUGAAUAAUCAUUCGGCAUCAUCGAGGAGAACUUGUUAACUACAGUUGUAACAGCUUCCUGGACAUGAAUCCGACUGCAGUGUGUGUUUGUGGAGCAAUGUGAAUCGUAUUGAUUAGACGUUAAAUGAUUCAGUCACUUAAAGUGCAUUUACUGUAACAUCCUCAGGAGAUGUCAGCGAGGCUAUUUACUAGAUUUAAAGCAACCUUAACCUUAAAAGGAGAAUACUUUUCCUGCACAGGAAUGCUUUAAUGUCAGGUCACAUGCACUUCAAUGCAAAAAUCCUGAAAUAAAUCCUGAAAUUAUCCUCGGAUGACGGACAAGGUGUGAGCUUUAAGUUACUGAGUGCUUGACAGAUAUAUCUGUGAGAGGAUGUCCUACCCUACCUUUACUAGCUGAGCUAAGAACUGACUAGUGGUUGCUAUUUGCUAAAAUAAUCAAGUUAGUGUGUCUGUCGCACCAACACAGACUUAACUGAAUUAUACAGUGAGUCAGUGUGGCUGAGUAACUAUGUAAUGUCUCAUACAAUUAGACAGUCAGGGGCACCCUGGGGUUUAACCACACACACACACACACACACACACACACACACACACACAAAAGUAAUUUCCAAAAAGGUUAUCAUAGCACAAAAACACAACUGAAUACAACUGAACUGUGUCACUCUUUUGAAGACACUGAUUGGAAACAAAACCUGAAAUAUUUUUUGAAUUUCUUUAUCUACAUUUGGAACAUAAAAAUAAAGGACACAUUACUUAGAUACAUUUGAUAUUAAAACAUGGAACCCUGUAUGUCUGGUUUUGAUGCUAAUCAUUUAUUUCCACUGUUCAGAGUGUGUUUAGAGUCUGAGGACGUGUUGGACAGCUUUAACAUGUUCUCAUUGAAUGCUGAUUUUAGAGAUUCUGAAUUGGUUGGCCUAGAGGACAGCCACUUGUACCAAGCUGUGUUUCGGGACUGAUGAACUCCCACAAUCACAGAUAGGAACUUCAACUAAGCUAGACUUUAGUUUUGCAGCCAAAGUAUAAAUAAGAAACGUAUGGAAAACACAUCAACAUAAAGCAUGAAAUGCAUAUACAGUAUACAAAGAGGGCAUCAAGAUACAACAGGAUGUAAAUAAAAGUGUCAUUAAAAAUCCAAAAAAACACAAAAGGUAGAAUGUAUCCACUCGGCUUAACUGAUCAGAGCCAGCAGGUGAAAUAGAUUCUUUGUUUUGACACGCUCAGUUUAGUCUUUCCAGGGUAGAAAGUGAACGCUCAUUACACCUAAGCUUUCAAAAUAAAUGACUUGCUUGGUAUUUGAAACUUUGGAUGACAAUAGGAGCUGCAUGAGAGUUAAAGGGAGGAUAAAAAUAUUAUUAGUAAGAAUGUUUUAUUUUGAAAAGCAAGUUCGCUCAAAUGUCUGUGACACAGUGGAUAAAAGGUUGAACUCCAGUCAGAGUCUGUUUCUGUUGUUGGUUAGUACAGUGCUGAUGGGUCAAGAAGUUUCCAGACGGAGGGAUAUAGUCGGGCUAGAUUUACACUGUGUUUAAUAAGAGGAGGCAGACCACAGGAUUUUCAUCUCACACUGAAUUCUGGGAAGUGCAGUUCAUCACAUGAUGAUAGGUUUAUUGGCCGGCAGACUACAAGUGGAUUUAUAACUAAGAGGCCAAAGGUCGAAUGAAACAUCAGAGGGUCGUCUAUCUGUCCCACCUGUUAGACAUCAAAGACAAACCAGGCACGCUGCUCACAGCAACUGGCAUUUAAAACAAUUAAGUUUCCUGUCAAGUCCCUGUGAUGAAUUAUCCGGAAGCUUUACCCGCUGUAAUUCUAAAUCUUCCCAACAAGUGCCUUUGUUGUAGAGAAAUUAAUGAAAACAAGAUUGUCUUUCAUAGGAGCUGAUCUAACAGCGCGACAGCCAGCUGCUCUUCUUUGGGAAUAAAAACAGUCAGCAUUAAACACAGCUCACACAGAAUCCUUUUUUUUUUUUUUUUUUUUUUUUUCUCUUACCACUCGUGUGGAAAACAAAUCAGGCGGCAAGCGCAGUGGCCAUCUGUUUUGUUAUUUGAUAUGUGUGAAUACAUGUUGUAAUGACUUUGUUUGCGAAUCACUCUGCGCGGCAGAACACACGAGAGCUCUCGAAGUGCUGGAGUGUUCAAAGCUAAUCAUAUAAUUGGACACAAUAGUCGAUGACAAAUGGAGACGCUUGGAGCCAGCCAGCUGGGGAAGUGAAUAUGUAAUCAUUGUAAAAUCAUAUCAUUUUUGCAUAUUUGAAGACAGCUUAAUGGAGUCUGCGUGUCAGCACACUAUCAAAUGAUGAUCAGAGACAGCGCCGCUGUAUUCUGUUUUGAUUCUAAACACUGCUUUGUAGGACUAUUUAUCUUUAUUGUGAUUAAAAGUGUUUCUGAAGA